CGCAAAUAUCUACGAUUCUAUUUUUAUAACUGAAAAGCAACAAUUGCAAUGCUACUUUAAACACUUUUUCUCUUAAUUUGUUUUUAAAUAUUGUAUUUUUAUGAUAAAGUGCUUAUAUGAUCUAUAAAUUAUUUUAAUACCCGACCUCUUUCAUUUUGGAAUAUUAGACAAAGGACUCAGCAUUUAUCUAAGCGAUAACUUAUUUUAAAAUUUUGUAUUUUGAUACAUGUAAAAAAAACAAUACACAUUUUAUUUAAACAAACAAAAACACAAAUUUAUUAUAAAUAUAAUCCAACAGCCAUGCGUUACUUUUUCCAUUCAUGAACUUCUCGUUCUCAUUCUCAGUUCGAUACUUGUGCUCGAAGCGUUCUAACAAUCGCUGUUCAGCGUCUAAUAGCUUACGAGUACAUAUACCGCGAAAAUGAAGUUCCCCCGACUUGGAAUAAUCGGUAUUUUGUUGAUUCUAUCAACAAAUGACGUCAUUUCAUCAAACAUACUCGGUUUAUUUCUCACUCAUAGCCCGUCCCAUGUUAUCGUCCACAUGGGCGUAGUGCGGGCUCUAGUUAAACGGGGCCACAAUGUCACGGUGGUAACUUCGAUGCGCUUGAAAGAUCCGAAUUUUGGCUAUAGGCAUAUCUACCUAAAGACUCUCGAACAUACUCAAAACGACACGUUCACUAUGAUGGACACUGUCAUCAGUGCGCCUUUCUAUCUCAAGCCAUACAAAUUUUUUCUCGUUGGCAAAGAAAUGAUAGAAAAAUAUUCGAGCUACAAUUUGGAUCCGGAUUACAUAAGCUUUAAAAAGGAAAACAACCAUUUCGAUCUUGUAUUGCUCGGGUAUCAAUACAAUGAGUUGAAUUUGGGAGAGGCAGCUCAUUUUAAGUGUCCUUCGGUACUUGUCUGGAUGAUGCAGCCAUUUGGUCAUAUUUCCAGAUUGAUUGGUAAUCCGAAUCUUCCGGCUUUUGUCCCUUAUUCGCCGUUUAUUCCACCGAAUGCAAUGGAUUUUACCCACAGGGUUUUGAAUUAUAUAUUUUAUGUUGUUGAAGGAAUCAUCACUAAAAUUUUUGAACACGUUUUGAAAAUUUAUUACGAUCAAAUUUAUCCAAGUCCGGAGUACCCAUCAUAUUGGAAGACUAAGAAAAAUAUUUCACUUAUAUUUUACAACCAUCAUUUUAGUGAAGCACCAGUGAGGCCUUUAGUACCGGGUCUCAUUGAAAUCGGAGGCAUUCAGAUAAAGGAGAAACCUGAUCCAUUACCAAAGGACCUUCAAGACUAUUUAGACAAUUCAUCACAAGGCGUCAUAUAUUUUAGUCUUGGGUCGAAUGCCUGUGGCUUGCACGUCAAGGAACACACCUACAAAAUGAUAUUUGAAGUACUUUCUUCCCUUAAGUACAACGUCAUAUGGAAACUCGAUGAAAUUAAACAUCCGGGAAACGCAUCAAAUAUCCUUUACAAAUCUUGGCUGCCUCAGGACGAUAUCCUGCCACAUAAGAAUGUCAAACUUUUCAUAACUCAUGCUGGCAAAGGAGGUGUAACCGAAGCAGAGUACCAUGAAGUUCCAAUGGUUGCAUUGCCAAUAAUGGAUGACCAACCGAGCAAUGCAAGGAAUAUGCAAGCCAAGGGUCAUGGGCUGGUCCUGGAUCACACAACAAUGACAAAGGAAACGUUUCGAGAAGCCAUCAAUGAAGUUUUGAAAAAUAAAACAUACAAAAAUAAUGUACAGACAUUUUCGAGGCUUUACAAAGAUCGACCAAUGACAGCGAAACAAACUGCCGUCUAUUGGAUAGAAUAUGUUAUAAGGCACAGAGGUGCUCCUCAUAUGCAGAGUCCUUUGAAGGAUUUGAAUGUUCUCCAAGAGAAUAGUGUCGAUGUUAUAUUGUUCCUGUUAUUAAUGUUGUACAUAAGCUUCAAGUUGGGAAAGAUGUUGAUUAAGUAUUGUUUUAAUAAGUUGGUUCGAAGAUUUGGUUUUCCAAAAGAUAUCAAGUCUGAUCACAAAAAAGAAUAGUUACAUUAUGAAAGUUUAUCGGAAGUAUAAUUGUUUACAAAGUCAUUAAAACUGUGUUUUGGUAUUAA